AUGGAUCAAUUCAAGGAAUCUGACGGGAGAUAUGAGCCAAGCAUCGACUUCCCCAACGACUCUCGCAGUGACGAGUCCGGCGACACCAUUGAUCACGUCGAUACCCUCGAACUCACUCGGAUCAAUACAUAUCGGCUGCAGCAAAAGACAACGGUGGGGUCUACAAGAGGCCCCAUUCCCCGCGAAAGAUGGCUUCCCAUGGGUGCCAAUAAAGAAUACCCUCCCAUGCUCCCCGAUUCUGAGGGGUAUGUGGUGGAGUUUGAUGGAGCUAAUGAUCCCUUGCAUCCAUACAACUGGUCUAUGAUUAGCAAAAUAUUUUCAGUUUGCAUACUAUGUUAUGGCACCUUUGCCGGGUCCUUUGCCAGUGCCGUCUUCUCUGCUGCUAUCUCUGGCAUGAGCCAUGAGUUUCACACAAGCACGGAAGUUGGAUCCCUUGGAGUCACACUUUAUGUCCUGGGGUUUGCUGCUGGUCCAACAAUCUGGGCGCCGGCCUCUGAACUGAUUGGCCGCCGAGGACCUCUUUCUGCCGGCCUAUUGGGCUGCGCGAUAUUCACCAUCGGAUGCGCAGUUGGCAGAGAUAUCCAAACUAUCAUGAUAUGCCGAUUUUUUGCAGGGCUAUUCGCGGCUAGCCCGAUUUCGAUCGUCCCCGCUGUGUUCGCAGAUCUUUUUAACAACGCCCAGCGCGGAGUUGUCAUGUCAAUUUUUUGCAUGGCCGUCUUUAUUGGGCCCUUCGCGGCUCCCUUUAUAGGUGGAUUCAUUGCCAUGAGCUCUCUUGGGUGGCGGUGGACAAUGUACAUCUCGGCCAUCAUGAUUUUUCUGGGAUUCCUACUAAUCGUCACGUUCCUUGGUGAAACAUACGCCCCAGUCAUCCUUGUGCGUAAAGCCGCUACCCUCCGGCGACAGACUCGCAAUUGGGGGAUCCAUGCCAAGCAAGAUGAAGUGGAGAUCGAUUUAAAUGAGCUGAUUCGGAGCAAUCUUGCUCGACCCAUCGUGAUGCUGUUCACGGAGCCGAUUCUACUUCUCAUUUCUCUUUAUAUUUCGUUUAUAUAUGGCCUCAUCUAUGCGUUGUUGGGCGCAUACCCGGUCAUCUUCCAAGGGGUUUAUGGAAUGAACAUGGGGGUUGGAGGGCUCGCUUUUGUUGGUCUCAUUCUCGGUGAACUUCUUGGUGGUGUUUAUAUCCUCUUCAUUCAAGGGUCAUAUGCGAGGAAGCUUGCCGCGAAUGGUGACAAACCUAUCCCAGAAUGGAGGUUAUAUCCAGCUAUCAUUGGAGCUGUUGCAUUUUCGAUUGGAAUGCUUUGGCUGGGCUGGACCGGAUACACUUCAACCAUCCACUGGAUGGCUCCAGUGGCUUCGGGAAUUUUAACUGGGGCUGGAAUUUUUUUGAUCUUCUUGCAAUGUUUCAAUUACAUUGUUGACUGCUACCCUUCAUUAGCGGCUUCCACAAUUGCUGCAAACACCAUACUGCGGUCUGCCAUUGGCUGUGCAUUUCCACUUUUCUCAAGACAGAUGAUGGAGAACCUCGGAGUACAAUGGGCAGGUACAAUGCUAGGAUGUAUUGCCGCCGUUAUGAUCCCCAUUCCAGUACUGUUUAAGGUGUACGGUCCAUGGCUGCGAGGGAAAAGCACACUUGCAUGCUCACCAAUUUACGAUGUUGAGAAGAAAACAUAUGAUGUUUAG